AUGCUGAACUGCAGGGCCUCUGUAGCCGUGCAGUCUAAUGAGAUUGCUAAAGCCAGCUUACAUGUCGCCCUUCCAUGCUACACGCAUUUGUACACCAUUCCAUUCCUCUCGCUAUAUCCGCUUCUCGCGUAUGCAUAUUAUAUCAAGUAUGAUGACUGGUUGAAAAGCGAGGAGUGGACUUUCCUAGCUUGUGUAUCUCUGGGCGCAGGUCAUGCUUUAAGUUUUCUGGUCACUCGAUGGAGAUGCAGACUGAUACGCUUGGUUCCUUACGUCCAUCGUGGUCAAGGCGAGAUUGUCCCAUUGCUCAAGGACGUUCCAUCAGAGCCAAUGUCCUACGCGUUCAACUACCAACGAGAUACUUACGUUGUAGCCGGCAAGAAUCCCGUCGUGUUUCCUCGCCUCCCGUACCCAUGCACCCAGCGCCCACCAUUAUCUACCUUCUUACAGUCCACUGGGCUUAAUCUGGACGCAAUUCUACCCUUGAAGUCACUAUAUGGAAAAAAAUGAAUUCAACAUUCCGAUCCCCUCUUUCUCAGAUCUUUUCGCCGAACAUGCGACGGGUCCCUUCGUUUUCCAAAUAUUUCGUGUCGCACUCUGGUGCCUGGAAG